ACGAAAGUGUAAAAAGCUCUCAACCAUUGUUUACACUCGAGACUAAGUCCCCGUAUUCCAAACAGGCUUGGGUGAGAGACAUAAAGGAAGCACAGGCACAAUUAGGUGUGGAGAAUACAGCCAAAUUCAAAAUGCCAGAACGAAGAAAAAUCAAGACUUCUAAACACAAAGUGGUUAGCUCCACACCAAGGAAGGGUACUAAAGUUGUACGGGCCGAGGAUGUGGAAUCAGAUGGCCAGUUUGAUGAUUUUAACAUUUUGGACACAAGUACGGAGGCGGUAUGCGUUCAGCCAGAAUUUGAUGAUGGAACAUCUCGUCCAGUGUUCCAGAUGAAACUUGAGAAAACAGUUGUUGAAGAGGGAGCCUCUGCUCAGAUGGAAUGUGUUGUUGCUGGAAUACCGCCACCCAAAGUGUUAUGGCUCAAAAACAACCGUCCACUUAUGGCCACUGACAGAUGUCGUGUCAUUGUCGAUGGGGACAGCAAUAUCCUAGAGUUUCCAAGAGCUCGUGCAGAUGACACAGCAGUUUACACAGCCCGAGCAAUGAAUGUUAAUGGAUCGACCAUCAGCACCGCAGAACUCUAUGUUGGAGACGCCCAACCCUCAGACCUCUUGAAGUACCGUGAGGGCAUUCCUGACAAUGAGUUCCGCACGCCUGCCUACUUCUUCCAGAUGAAGAGCUGCCAAGUGGAAGAGGGCAGAUUAGCACGAUUUGACUGCCGAGUGGUGGCCUAUCCUAAACCUGAUAUUAUCUGGAUGAAGGAUGGAAAGGUGCUGACAUCUGGUGAGCGAUUCAAACUCCUGAACUUUAAUGAUGAGAUCUACUCACUGCUGAUCCAGGCGGUGGAGACCGAUGAUGAAGGUCGUUACACAUGCUGGGCCCACAACAAGUACGGAGAAGCCAUGACAGAGGCCUAUCUCAAUGUACUUGCACUACACGACAAUCUGGAUGAUGAUAUGGCCCCCAAGUUUUUGACCAAAUUUUACGACCAGACUGUUACCGAGGGAGUACCCUGUGACCUACAGUGUAUGAUUGCCGGGAAACCUCAGCCAAGUGUCCAAUGGUUGCACGACAACAUUGAGGUGAUUCCCACUGCAGAAAUUGCCAUAGUUAACCAAAGUAAUUUCUGUAGCCUAAAAAUCAAAGAAGUCAGCAAAAACCAUGCUGGAAAGUAUGCCUGCCUUCUAAAGAAUGGACUCGGAGAGGCAAGUUGUUCUGCCGGAAUCACCAUCAUUGACAAAAAAAUCAAAGGUGUGCCAAUGCUGCCUAAGUUCCUUAAGAAACUGUGUGACGUCACAGCCAAGACAAACGAGGACUUCGAGUUUGAAGUUGUUGUUGUUGGAGAGCCGAAACCCAAGAUCACAUGGCAAUACAACCACAAGCCAAUUUCGGGAAGUCAUAGAAGGAUACGGAAGAGCCACGAGGGGGACGUGUAUCGCCUCACUAUCAGUGAUGUUCGCCUGGAGGAUGAUGGGAAAUUCACAUGCAAAGCUGCAAACUCUGAGGGCGAGGUGUACUGUAGCUGUAAUCUGUUGGUUAAGGAAUCACGUAUACAGUUAGAGCCAGCCGAGGAACCAAGUUUCACACAGAAGGACUUUGAUGCACGGUAUGGAUGUGCACCUACGUUCCUGAAGAAGAUGGAGGAUGUGACAAUGCCCAGUGGUCAAUCUGCCAAGUUUGAAUGUCGCAUCAUGGGAAUCCCAGAACCCACUGUCCAGUGGUUUAAGAACGGCGUCCCUAUAUCCCAAGGUAAGAAGUACUGGAUGUCACAAGACUCGGCGGGUAACUGUGGCCUUCAGGUGUAUGAUGUGAGUGCUGGUGAUGAGGGUAUUUACACCUGUACCCUUACCAAUCCUGCUGGCGAAAUCUCCACCAACGCCAGUCUCCGCAUCGGCAAGCCAAAAGAAUCUAUGGAGCGUGAUUUCCCAUCAAAAACGACGAAGGGUAGACGACUUUCCCGGGAAGAUAUGUUAGACUCCACCCGUGCACCAACCAUGUCACGAGAUGAACCUACAAUGAAGAGCACAAGGCCAGAUACGGUGCGCCUUUCAUGGGCUCCGGCUCCAACAUCAGGCCUACCAAAAGAUGCACGUAACAUUCGAUACAUCGUUGAGUCGAAGGCCCUGCCAAAUGCAGAUUGGAGGACAAUCGGAGAUGGUAUCCAUAGCAACACAUAUAUGGCCAAGAACUUAAACCCAGAAAAGGAGUAUGCGUUCCGUGUUCGUGCAGAGAACCAGUUCGGUCAGAGUGAACCAACACAACCCGCUAGACUGGAGCGCAUCAAAAUUGAUGAGAAGAUUGAAAAGAAGAAGGUUAUUCUCCCAGAAAGCAAGAGACCACCAUCACUGCCAUCAACUAAACCUGUUAUAACAGAUUAUGGAAAGGAAUCUGUUCGGUUGGCAUGGAAACCAGCCCCACCUCCAGUGACUAUCAAGAAGCCCCUUCCUGUCUCGUACCGUGUGGAAACCCAGGAGUUGCCAAGUACCGAUUGGCUGCCUAUGGCUAGUGGACUAUCUACACCAAGCUACUAUCUGCCACAACUCCAGGAUCACCAUGACUACAACAUCCGUGUUCGCGCUGAAAACAAAUAUGGAGUCAGUGAACCGUCGGAGCCUCUUUGGCUACCUAGAGCUCGUAGUUUCCCUGGUGUACCAGUGAGACGACCAGAAAUCAUUGAAAUGGAACCAGAAUAUGUGAAGUUGUCAUGGGAACGUGUUGAUGUCCCUCCUACUGCCCUUGACGAAGAACCAUUAACUUACAUGCUCGAGAUGCAGGAACCAGCAAACCGGGACUGGCGUGAGAUCGCCCAGGGUAUCCGUGAACCACACUACGUAGUUCGUGACCUUCAACCUGGCAAUGACUACAGGUUUAGAGUUCGCUCAAGAUCUCUGGCUGGACCUCUCAGUGAACCCUCUCCUGCUACUUCUCUGUAUAGAACCAUGGCUACAACACGAGUGCCAAUUGACAGAAUCCAGCUUGAUGAUCACGAACUUGACACUGAAGGAAUAAGCUUGUCCUGGAAUCGGGUCAACAUCCCACCCUAUCACCGUGACGAUGAGCCACUUCUCUACUCAGUAGAGAUGAUGGAACAGCCAAUUGAUGACUGGCGCCCAGUUGUGUCAGGCAUCCCGACUCAGCGUUAUCGUGUUACUGAUCUUGCUCCAGAUCGGGAUUACAAAUUCCGUGUCAGGGCUCUUAGUUCCUAUGGCAUCAGUCCUCCAUCCUAUGCCCUUCCUGUUUCGUACCGACGUCCUCUUCCCAGUCCAAGCCGUCCAAUAAAGGACUACACUCCCAGACUUAUGUACGAUGACACCGAUAGCUUGGCUUUGGCAUGGCAACCGCCAACCUUGGACUCAACUCGACCACUCAGAUACAGAGUUCAGAUGCAGGCUCCGCCCAGCAUGGAUUGGCGUACUAUGGCAUCGGAUAUUCCUGACACUCGCUACCGGAUCAGCGGUUUGGGUCCUAGCCGAGAUUACAUGUUCCGUGUUGUCCCAGAGACAUCCUUGGGUCAGCUUGAUCCUUUGCCUCCUGUGUCUCUUAGUUCUCUGCCAACACCAAGAACGUUCCAUCCCAGUAGGCCAGAAAUAACGGAUAUUGAACCGACAUCUCUCGGGUUGUCAUGGAAACGACCUGUCGUUGACAUGUACACUCCCUUGACCUACAACAUUGAGAUGCAGGAACCACCAAGCCUGUUAUGGAGGAACAUUCACUCCGGAUUAUCCGAUACCCAUUACAGAGUGGGUGGACUCCAGCCAAGCCGGGACUACAUGUUCCGUAUUGUUCCUGUCACCACCUCAGGACAGUUGGAGCCAUUGCCUCCAGUAUCCAUUUCAUCUAUGCCAGUGAUACCAAGAAUGCAGAACCAAGAACCAAAUAUGACUGAAGUGGGACGGGAUUCCAUCAAGUUGUCAUGGCGACCUGCAGAGGUACCAUUUUACAGGAGACAGCCACUUCCUGUUCAUUACACUGUCGAAAUGCGCACGCUGCCAAGUUCUGAAUGGAUUCCAGCCGUCCGCAGGUUGAAGGAGACCUCCUACAUUGUCAAGGGACUAAACCCAAAGAACGAUUACGAGUUCCGUGUUAAGGCGGACACAGACUACGGCAGUAGCUCUCCAACUUACCCUGUAACAGUCCGCAGGAAAGCUGUGCCUGUGUUCCCACGAAGGGAGCCAAUCAUAAGCAAUGUAUCACCAGACUCAAUCACAUUGUCAUGGCAACCAGCCACAUUGCCAGGACACAGUACCAGGAUCCCGGUAUAUCAGAUUGAGAUCCAGGACCCACCCAGUAUUGGACAGUGGCGACCACUCACCAACAACGUCUCACAAACAUCAUACAAUGUGGUGGGACUGAGACCCGACAGGGAUUACCUGUUCCGUGUCCGAGCCAAGGUAGACAGUAUACUAGGGGAGCCCACUCUGCCUGUUUAUCUGAUGAGGAGAUGUGGACCACCACGAAUGCCAACUGACCACCCAUAUGUCCAUGACAUCCAACCAACAUCAGUGCGCUUGCAAUGGAGAUCAGUUGAUUUAUCUCCCCGCCACACAGACUACUCUCCAGUGACGUAUCGUCUUGAGGUACAGGAAGGAACACGCAGUGACUGGGUCACACUUGCAGGACGUAUUCCACACACAGAUUUCCAUGUGACCAAUCUCACACCUGACCAGGAAUAUAGCUUCCGUGUCCGAGCCGAGAACAAAUAUGGAGUCAGCGAACCAACAAACUUAGUCCAUAUCAAGCGCAGGGCAGUGGCACCUACUUUGCCACAAGAUGAACCUCUUCUGUAUGAUGUUGGAGCCGGCUCCUUAACGCUGUCAUGGAGAUCGGCCGAGGUACCGUCUUUCAGCACAUCACCUGUGACCUACUCCAUAUAUGUCCAAGAGUCACCCUCGAGUUCAUGGCUCCCUAUGGUUAAAAGGAUUCCCCACACUUGGUACACCCUCCAUGGAAUACGGCCUGACAGGGACUACACUUUCCGUGUGCAGGCAGAGAAUGAGUUUGGUGUAAGUCGCCCUACGUUACCUGUACGUCUGUUCCACACAGAUUACAAAGCACCCAUCGAAAUUCCGGAGAUUGAAGAGUUUGAUGAGAAGAGCUCUUCUAUUAAUCUCCGUUGGCGACCACGCUCAAUGACACCAUAUGAGGGCGAGCCAUUGAGAUAUCAUGUGGAAUCUUGGGAGCCGAGAAAGCGUGUGUGGAAGCGUUUGGCUUCGGAUAUUCCCGAUACCAGUUACAGGGUGACUGGAGUAUCCUCUAACCUAGAAAACAUCUUCCGUGUUCGAGCCCAGACCAAAGCUGCUCUCAGCGAACCCACCUACCCAAUCUCACUGAGCAGAUAUCUAUACCCAAUGCCACGACCACAGCUACACGACCUUGAACCAGAGGCUGUCAGGUUGUCAUGGAGCCCAUACCAACAUUCUCGGCCAAGGAUGUCAUCAUUGCCUCCUUUACCAUCAUUACCACGACGAUACGAGGUGGAGCUGCGAGAGCUUGGUUCCCAUGACUGGAGAAGCGUUGCUACUGUUCCAGAUACAUCCUUCUACUAUCGUGGCUUGAGACCACGUCAAGACUAUCAGUUCCGUGUCCGUGGAAUUUCGGAUCAGGGUCCUUUGGAUCUUUACUCUAGUCCUGUCACACUCUACAGGAGAACAGCAUUACCCAGGGUGCCUUUGUCACGGCCAGAGAUCAUGUCUGUUCAGGAUGAGACCGUUGACCUUUCCUGGUCAAGAGUGGACAUUCCAGCCACUCAGUAUGACGAAACUCCUCUGACCUACAUCAUCGAAACCCAGCAACUUCCAGGAUAUGACUGGAUGCCAGUGGCACGUGGAAUUCCCGACACAAGCUACAGAGUCACUGGUCUGAGACGUAACCAAGAUUAUGCCUUCCGGAUAAGAGGAGAGCUCCCAUCUGGACUUUCGGAACCAUCACCAUAUGUUCCUGUUUACCGUCGACCAAGUGAGUCCAAGAUCAUUAUCAAAAAGUACCCUAGUAUGAUUAGUACUAGUAUAAGUCCCAGGACAUUGCUGUCUCAGUACUAUUCCCAGCAGGUCAGUCCAGCCGCAGGUGUCAUCGGGGUCAAGACAAAUGACAAUAUUGACACAAGCACUUUACACGCUUCUUCUGCACGCAAAGCUAAUGUAUGUGUAGAUAGGCAUAAGAUCUUAACCAGAGUUGAUGAAAAUAUCAAGACAAGGCGAGAUUUCUUCCUCGCAGAGCUUGAAAGAAUUGAUACAGAAUGGCAAAAGAAACACUUGAAAAGGGUCCGUAAGAUUGACUUGAAACCGCCUCUUCCCCCAAAGCAUGCUCCAAGAAAUGCAAAUUUGAAACCACCAAUGAGUCCUAGGUCCCGUCGUGAACAAUUUUUGCAGGAUAGUAAAAAGAUAAAUGCUAAAAUUCCCGUACGGGAGAAGAGUUUAGGGUUUAGUAGUGUAUUAGAGAAGUUCAAGAAAGCUGAUGUUGUUGAGAAGGUUCAACAGCCAAGAAUUGGCAUCCAAGAGGACGAUAUCAGGAAGGUAGCGUGUACAGAACUGACCAAAGCACCAAGUACAACAACGUUGAGAAAAAAGUUUGUAUCCGACCUUGAUCUCACCUUAAACAAAUCGAAACCAGAACCAUACAUUAUAAAAGAUCAUGUACCAGAGAAAUUUAAGGUUUCAAAGACUGAUUUUUAUGCACCCAGACUGAACUUGCUGAAGAAAGCGUUUGAUGAUAGCUGCACAACAACAGGACGGCAUUAUACUCGGCCAUCGCGGAUCACAGAGAAUGCUCAAAAGUAUGUCUCGCGUGAUUAUCAUAGGGCAUCAUCCUGGCACGGUUUUACAAGAAAAUAUCCUUUGGUGGGUCGGUCAUCCAGUGUGACAAGGGAUUUGUCCAUUUCUAGGUCUGCUAGGGCCAGUUCUGUUGACUUGAUGAGCGUCCCAAAACGAAGUCAGUCUUGCAGUGUUAUUGCCUCCUACCGUGAUCCAUCACUCAGUAGGAUCGGUCUGUCUUGGUACCAUGACAGAACAUCCUCUAACAUGCCUUUCGCAAGGAAUCUAAGUGCCUCUGCAUAUGAUUUGGCAAGGAAAUCAUCCGUGCCUCCAAUGGCUUUACCAGAGAGAUAUUCCAGUUCAGAAUACUUGUAUCGUCGUGACAACAGUUCCUCUAGAACAAGAGAUGCAGUUCGGUCUGCUCGAGGUGUGUCCCUUCCUCCUGUCAGUGCCUUGAACAAGUACUCAAGUUCAGAAUAUCUGUCUCAGCGUGAUUACAGUCCGUCAGUUGAUCGAGAUUCUAGACGAUCAUAUCGUGGAAUGUCACAACCUCCUGUCAGUGCCUCCGAUAGGUACUCCAGCUCGGAGUAUCUGAAUAGAAGAGACCACAGUUCCUCCUUGAAUCGUGAGUCCAAAGGACGAGAUUCCAGCUGGUCAAUGAGUAGAGCACCGAAGUCAUACAGAAGUAAGAGCAUGUCUGUGGUAGAUGGUUAUGUUCCCGUGUCGACUUCCUCAACAAGGAAUACAUAUGUACCAAAGACUAAAUGCUUCCGAGACCAUUCUCCAUCUCGAAGACUUGCCUCCGUGCCAGCCACACCACCAAGAAGAGAAUCGUCACCGUUUAUUUCCAGGGGAAGUCCUCUAUUAUCACGCAAGGGAUCGGUUGAACCUUUAAGGCAUUCAGUUGGCACAGAUAGAGGAAGUCUUCGAGAAUCUUCCAUCAUGAAAACUCGUCAUCUAACACCCCAAAGAUUAAGGACCAUGUCAGUCAGUAGUUCCUGCGGGUCUCUGUACGACACGACGCCAUCUAGUUCCAGGGCACCGUCUGUCAUUUCGCGCUCUCCUUCUAAGGAUUACUCAGACUCACUCAAAGAUAGAGAUACUUCCUGGAUAAGGAAGGUUGUGUCAGGCUUUAGAAAAAACAUUGCUUAGGGCGUUUUAUCACAUGAAAAAAGAACAAGAAGCAGGUUUUAUCACAUGAAAAAUGAACACAUAUCAGUUUAGCUUUCAAUUUUUAGGCAAACUGAUACUAAUCAAGAACUGAAAUAUUUGUUUAUCUAAUUUAGAUAAUACCAUGAAGAUGAAAAAUAAGUCAACAGAAGAAAUUUGCCUGCAAAAUCUUGGCAAAAACGUGACCCCGAAUUACUUCCCUGACCAAUUUUAUCAUUGAUAUCAAAAUUCCCCUUGUAAAUUUGUAAGUUAUGUCCCAUUUAAAAACUCCUCAGUGUAAGAUAUAAUCCCACAUAAAAUAUCACCUCUCCCUAUACCUUUUCCAUUUCCCUAUACUGUUGUAUCACGUGUUUUGAGUUAUGUCCCUUUUGACGUUGAACCUUGUACACAGCAGUUACACCAAAAUUACGUCCCUUCAGUUUUGUGACUUAUGAUAAAGAGAGAUACAGUUUGACAGUUUUACAUAGUGUUGUGUUCCUCUCCCAAGAAGUUUUCUGAAUUAGUGGUUCAUUUGUCAUUCUGUAUCAAUAUAUUGAUGACUAAACCAUACCACCCUUUAUGACAUUUUGUCACUUACAGGAAAGUGACCAUUUAGUUUCAAAAGGGUGAAAAGGUUGAUACACUUUGUAAUGUUGCACAUGUUUUAAUCAUUUUUUUUUCUGUUUUGUAUGUAAUUCUAAGUUGUACAUUGUAACAUUUUACACUUAUAUUCUUUAUUUCUUUAGUUGUUUUUGUAGAUGUUUGUAUUUCUCACAAAUGUUUUAGAGAGCACUUUUUAACAUUAGUGUGAUACACGUGAUAUACUUUUAUAGUAUUUUGUUUUAAAAUAUGGUAAAAAAUUAUCUUGAAAUUUACCACAGUAAUUUCUGUAUCAUUUUGAUUAUUAAUUUUUUAAUAUAUCACAAGAGAUUUAUGCUAUAUAGUUUGCUAAUAUUGAAAACAUCUGAUGUUAAGACUGAUGAUUGGACUUUGGUCAGUUUUCACAUCAGGACAUAUUAUCUAAUAAAUAUUACAGCUUAUAACAUGCUAAUGCUAUUAACACACCUAUGCCAUCAUUGCUAUAGAAUUUUUUUUUUUUUGCUGGACAAAUCUUGCUCUAAGCUUUGCUAGCUUUAGGAACUGGACCAUCAAUACUACCUGAGACAAAAACAAAUAUACUUCUAUCUUGAAAUUACUGAACCAUUGUUAAUUAAUUUUAAUUAAUUUAAUACAGUUAUUUAAGUUCAAUAAUUGUAUGUUAUAAUUAACUUUAUAACUUUAUAAUUAACAUUGUUCAACAAACAGCGAUAUGGCAUAAGGUUAUCAUUUAUAUACGGCAAAUAUUCAUGAAAUCCAAAAUAGAGAUUCUCUAAGAUAUCUUUUUUUAAUUUAAGUAACUCUUGUCUUCUUUAUGCCUUGAAAUGUCCAAGAUUGGAAAUAGAGAAGGGAAGGAGGUGAAGAUUUCUCAUGAUUACCCUCUGCAAUAUUUGCCGUAUAUGACAUUUACUGUAUAACGGGAUAUUUUCGCCCAUGUAUCAUUUUACACAAAUUCGCCUCAUGUUCUUUUCGACCUUUGAUGAUUUUAUUAAAUUGUUAUAUAUUGGUAUAACAAAAUUUCGCCUUUUUAAUCGUCACCUCCCAAUCCAUCCAAACCCCUGAUCAUGGGCAGAAAGGGUGAAAAUUAUAUGGGUCGAAAAUUCCCGCCGUUAUGCAGUAUUUACAAUUAAUGACUUACACUUCAGUGGUUUGCGUGCAUUUUUAUCACCAGUGUUAACAUUAAUCGAAUCAAUCUCGAUAAUACAUAUUUUUCGAUUUCCUAAAUUUUAAAUUCAAACUUUAAAGAAAUUUCUAAUUCUUAUACUAUUUCAUACUCGAUUAAAUACCACAUGCAGGCACUGAAUUGUAAGUUAUUCUAUAAUAUAAUAAAUUUCUGUAUAUACGAAAUGUUAAAUACGUUUGGUAGUUUACGUAGAAAAUUGUAACUCUUUAUAUAUGUACCGUAAGAUUUUGUUUUAAAAGAACUAUGUAUAUAUAAUACAAAGAUAGAUGUUUUUCUGGUUUGGAAUUUAUUAUGAACACAGUAUUUAGAAACCUGAAUAUAGUAUCUGUGAUAAUUUGUCAGAUUGAGUGGUAGCAACAUGAAUAACAAUACCAGGAGAAUUAUACAAGGGCUAUUUUUUCUCUCUCUUGAUCUUAUCGUAACAAAAGAUUUUCUACUAGCGGUGAUUUCCAAGUGAUAAUGUCUUAUAGUAAAAAUUAUCUUUUCAAGAACAAUAUAUGAAUAUCAAAGGUAAUGUUUUUAAUCACAAUUGUAUAGCAAAUUCUGUGUAUUGAUUUAUUCAGAAUGUUGAAAAAUUCAAUAAGUAUAAAAGAUGUAUAAAUUACAUUAUUGAAUUCUGAUUGACAAUUAAUUUCUCUAGUGUUUAAGGUUAAUUGCUAUUCAUUUAUGGAAGAAUUUAAGUAAAUAUAUUUUAUUUCAAAUAUUGAGAUAUAAUUUUCAGAUAGAAUUGUUACAUACUGAAUAUUUCUGUCAUAGUUGUAACUGAAACCGAAGAAAAAGAUGUAACUUCACAAUGUUCUUGUAUCAUUUUUGUCCACAGAAAGUCAGAAAGUCUAUAAAUUAAUGGAUCUGUAUAUUAAAUUAUCUUACAAAUUACUGUUUAUUCACAGUAGUUUUCAUAAAUUAAGCAUUAGUUUCAAAGUCUAAGAAUGGAUGUUAAUAUAGAAUGUGUUCUAGCUACUGACAUUUUGUUUUGAAAUAUUAAUAUCUAUUGUUUAAUAACUAUUAAUGUACAUAACUGAUAUAUACGAUAAUAUAUUAUAUCUUAUAUAUUUAUUGUAGAAGUAGUUGGGAAUUUGUGCAAUUGAACCUUCACAGAAUUAGCCUUCACACUGUAUGAUAUAAUAGAAUGUGCAUGAUAGAUUAAUUGAAUUCAUAUAAAAUUAAUAAUACGAUGUCAUUCAGGUAACUCUGAAAACUUCCUGGACAUCCUCUCGAUCUACUUACAUUAUUUGUACACAUGUCCUGCAGCGGUUGUCGUAAAAAUAAAACUUUAUAUUACUUAAAUUCCUGAAAAUACAGAAUAUACAGUAACAAUUAAGCUUACUUGUGAUCUACUUACAUUAUUUGUACACAUGUCCUUCAGCGGUUGUCGUAAAAAUUAAACUUUUAAUUACUUAAAUUCCUGAAAAUACAGAAUAUACAGUAACAAUUAAGCUUACUUGUGCAGUGUACACAUUAACAAAUGAGGAAGCAGUUGAACUUUGCUCAAACUUGUGUAAAAAAUUGAAAUAAUGCAAUGAAUUUAAAAAAUGAAAAGAUUUCAAAGUUAUGCAGUCAUGUGUAGUUCUCACUAUCAAAUAUAUAAACAACUUACUUACAGACACCAGUGAUACAGAAAAAUGAAAAUCGUACUUUUCUGUAAAAGGGGGAUAUGUCAAGGUUUGGUUUUGAAUUCUUCUUUUUAUUCCUCUUUGUUCGAAAAUUGACAAAAGAAUUUAAACCGAAAAGAGAUCUAUUUAUCUAUAGAUGCAGUAGAGACCUACAACAGGUUCAGGGGUCCCUGUCCCUUUAACAAUAAUCAGAGUUACUUGAAUGAUAUAUUAUUUAAAUGCCAGUGAGGCUAGAAGACCUGCUGGUACCAAGAUUCGGAACUAUGCGUUGUUUAUGAGUAUUAUUUUUACAAUAAAAUGUGAUAUUUUUUUUCGUUGCCAAACCAUCCAGAGUGUCCUUUAUUUUCUAUUGAGAAUAUAAUGUCCUAGGAUUUAUUUCAUAAUAGAUGAGUGUCGUGUGUUUUUAUAGUCUUGAGAAAGAAUACGAAAUGUGAAUUUACUGCACAUUGGUUUUUUCAUAAUUUUCCGAAAAAAUUGAAAAUUAAAAUGUUCAAGACAUUAUGAGUUAUUAUGUUUGUCUAGAGAUAUGAAUAAUUGUAUGGAAAAUUGAUAGAUGUGCAGCAUAUUCGUCAAAUUUCAUGUAGAUGUGAUUUAUGAAAACAGGUAAGUUUAUUUUUGAAGUAGUGAUUGGUUGGGUGUGGCUUUAAGAUUGAAAAAUAUGAGAACCUGUUUAUCUUCAUCUAGUAUUAUUUGGUAGUAGUUUGAUCUAUGAAAUAUAUGAGAAUCUGUUUACCUUCAUCUAGUCUUAUUUUGUAGUAGUUUGAUUUCAAAUACUGGACUGUGAUACAGUGUGUUUUGUGCCAAAUGUAACCCUUUCAUCCCUAUUUUCACUAAAAGAGAUAAUGUUUUCAUCGGUGAAGACGUAUCUAAAAUCUAUAAAUAGGUGUGAAAGGGUCACUCUAAAUAUUAUCAUGUAUCUUUUAUUCCUUAUAAGGACACAAAAUUACCGCUGAUACUUUCAUGUGUUGUUUUCUUCUGUUAUUCUUCGCUUAUAUAUAAGUAAACUAGACUUUGUGAUUUGUUGAGACCUGCGUUUUGAGUUUUAGCUGUUGACAAUAAAAAAGCGCUUGCCCAA